AUGUCUCAUUAUACUAACUAUGGAAGUUUUGCGAGCGCCGACAGCGACAAUCCGAGAUCUUAUUGUGCUACAGAUCGCGUUGAGGAGGGGCGCGACGAAGCCGGUAACGACGAGCAAACGUCGGCGAAUCAAACAGGAGACGUCGGUUCGACGCCGACGAUGGAGGACGAUGAAGUCAUAACUACCGCGCGCACAUCGCGUCGAUUCUGCGGCUCAGCAGGUAGUAGCUCUGACUCGGAAACUGCUGACGAUGCUCCUCUUUUACCCGGAGAAGGACCAUCACAGCCGGUUCGAAUUGAGAUUCCUGGAGGUGACAAACCAUCAAGUCCUCAUGAUCGUUUCCCGCCGCGUUAUGGUCGACUAUUUUUUUCUCUGAUAUUCUUAUUCUGUUCGGCGAUUCUCAACGAGAUAACCUUGUCUUACAUUCACGAAAAGUACCCACGAACUGCGCCUCUCCCGGAUAUUGUUUUCGACAAUUUUCCAUACUAUCCAAAAGGAUUGGCAAUUUGCGAAUGGCUUAUGAUUAUCUUAUUUGCCUCCACAUCUGUCAUCAUUCUUUUUCAUAGGCACCGCUGUAUUGUGUUUCGGCGAUUCUUCACCAUCGGCGCUCUUCUCUAUUUUCUGCGUUGCAUGACGUUGUUCGUCACACAGGUGCCUGUCGCUGAUCCCAAUUGGCAUUGUGCACCGCGAUUAGGCGAAAAUGCGACAUUCUGGAGGGUCGUGAUUCGCGGUGUGAAAAUGGCGACCGGCGUCGGAUUGAAUGUCGCCGGCGAGAAUACGCUGUGCGGUGAUUACAUCUAUAGUGGACACACGAUAGUGCUCGUCACUUGCUCGUUGUUUAUCGCCGAAUAUUCUCCGCGCCGCUGGUGGUGGCUCCAUUGGACGGCCUAUUUCACAUCAUUUGUGGCCGUUGUGUUCCUAGUCAUCUCGCACGGUCAUUAUACCAUCGAUGUCGUUAUUUCAUAUUAUAUUUGCACAAGGAUCUUCUGGAUAUAUCACACAAUGGCGGCACAUCCAACUCUCAAGAACUCUUCGCAUAACCAUCAUCGAAAAGAAUUUUGGUUUUAUUUAAUGAGUUGGUUGGAAGCCGAUAUUCAACGACCAGUGCCUCGUCGCUUCGAACCACCGUUUCCACUUAAUCGUGCUUUGGCCUAUUUGACGAACCGUCGUGAUCGACGUGCCGAUCGAUACGCAAUUGAGUGA